CGCGUUGUCCCGCAUCAAAAGUAGUGAUGCUUAGAGCUGGCAAAAUUAAACGAUUCCUCGAGGUGAAUAAAAUUACUCGGAUCAGUUUUUAAACUCGAGUUACUCAAGUUGCUCGAUUAUUCGUUUCAGCUCUAGUAUCAUUAUACUUAUUUUCCAAUUUACUAAAUGUUGUUUUGAAGAGUAAAAAUCCUGUUCAAUGGAUUUAUUUACUUUUUAACCCAGGCAUCUCAAAAUAAUACAUUUUAGAGCUGUAAUUGCUAUAGUGUGAAACGGUGAUUUCUGCUUAAGGUUAUCAGGAUCUCAUACCUGUAAAUGCCUAAUAUUGAAUAUUCAGUAUUUAUGAUUGUCGGCUCUGACCUACUGUAUAUCGAAGUAGAUCAGUGAGGGAAAACCUCACAAGCUGGGAAUUGUCAGGAUAAUUAACAUCUGAUAAAGUUUAAGUGGAUCUCCACUGUGGCAAAUUACCGUGCAAUACUCAAUUAUUUAAUACUCACUUGGAUAGAAUAUGGUAGUUCAGCAUAUUCCAAGAUAAUUUUUCCCAUUCAUAAAGUAUUUGAUGAUGAUCUGAGGUGUUGUCACUGUGAUCACCAUCCAAAAUCCUACACCAAAUUAGUUUAGUGUCACAAUAACUUAUUAAAUUAAAUCAGUUUAAUAAAUUUUACAAGGCUUGGAUGCUUGAAAAUUCCUUCUGGUUACUGCUGUUUGCAGGUAUACUGGAUAUUUUUUCCCCACAUUCUUUUACAGAAACAUCCUCUGUGUCAGGUCGUCAAGCCGUGAGCACAGAGCAACGAACAAACCUGAAGUUUCUGGUCCAGCUGGGGAAAACGCCAUCAGAAGCGCUGGUGUUGCUACAGCAAGUGUAUAGGAAUGAGACAAUGUCACGCUCACGCGUUUUUGAGUGGUGCAAGAGGUUCCGAGAGGGACGCGAGGACGUGGAAGAUGACCCCAGAAGCGGAAGGCCUUCGACGAGCCGGACCGAGGCCAACGUCGAGCGCGUCAGGCAGACUGUCCGCGGCGAUCGUCGGGCCACGGUUCGAUGGAUCGCGAGUGAGCUGGGAAUGAACCGGGACAACGUUUGGAAGAUUAUCACCGAAGACUUGACCUUGCAGAAAGUAUGUUCAAAGCUAGUGCCAAAACGACUCAGCGAAGACCAGAAGGAUUAUCGCAUACAUUUCUGUCAGGACCUCCUGGAGCGCCUUGAAACAGAACCAGACUUGCUAAGUAGAGUUAUCACAGGUGAUGAGUCGUGGAUCUCCGAGUAUGACCCACAGACCAAACGCCAGAGCCCUCAGGCGAAGAAUCCGAUGCCGCCGAGCCCGAAGAAAGCCAGAGAAUCCAAGUAUAACGUCAAAGUGUUAUUGAUCGUGUUCUUCGAUAUGAGGGGCAUCGUCUACUGGAAGUUCUUGCCACAGGGCCAGACCCUCAACCAGCACGUUUAUAAGGAGAUCCUGCUGCGUUUGAUCAGUUCGGUGCGUGAAAAGAGGCCUGAGCUGUGGCGGGACAAAUCGUGGCUGCUACACCACGAUAGCGCACCCGCUCAUACCGCCCUAAGCGUUCGACAAUUCCUGGCUGAGAAAAGCGUGGCCGUGCUGGAGCAACCUCAGUGCUCUCCGGACCUGGCUCCUUGGGAUUUCUUCCUCUUUCCCAAACUCAAGGGGGCCAUCAGGGGGAACUGUUUUGAAGACGCCGAUGACAUGAAGGUGGCCGUCACGAUGGCACUGCGGAGGCUCCCGGAGAAAGCCUUUCAUGAGUGCAUGAAUGCCUGGGAGAGAAGGCUUGGGAAGUGCGUUGGACUUCGGGGGGAGUAUGUUGAAGACGAAAAUUUGUAGUUUGCAUUGGUAACAUCCGGCCUUGAACUUUUCCGCCACACCUUGUGAUGUAUGUUUUGUAUUCGUUAAUAAAACAUCUGGAAAAAAUGCUUCUGAUGACUAAGUCGAGAAGUUUCUUUUAGCAAUGUUGUGAUCCUAUGUGGUUCACUAAUCAUCUGACUAUCUGUACCUGAUAAAAUGUAUGUUGAUACCUGUUUAAUUUUGAUUUC